AUGAGUAAAGUAUCAGUAAAAUCACCCCCAACCUCGAAAAAUUCCUUAGACAAGAGUGAUACUAGUGUUAAAGGUUUAAAUGAAAACGAAGAUCCUUCUACGACACCCGAUUUUAUUUACGGGGGUCCAUUUAUUAAAGUUCAGAGGCCGGAGUUUAUGGAUAUAGCGACGCCAAUAAACGUACAGCUACAGGGAACCUAUAAAAGGAGUUUUGCGUAUCAUUCCUUAAAAGAGAGGUUUCCGGUCAUCCUUACGAAAAUUAUAGAUUACCUUUCGCGAGAGGGCUCUAAAGUUAAAUCUGCUAAUAAUGCCUCCGAAGACGAUAUUCGCAGUCUGAUACAAUAUAUAGUUAAAUUAAAAAAUGAUGUAGCGACAAAUAAGAAGUACGACUUGCUCACUGUCGAUACGCCGGAAGCGAGGAAAUGGAAUGAAUGGAUAUUAAAUGUUGAUAGUCCAUAUUAUUUUACCAAUACAUGGGUUUUUUCUGAAUGUUAUGUUUAUAGGCGACUAAGGGAAGGCUGUGAAUUAACCAAGGGUUUAGCAAACUUCGAUCCGUUUGAAGAUCAGAAAGUUCAAUCUUUCAAUGGGGCGUUGGAACCAAUGUGUGUUGUAGCGGAGAAGGUUUUAACUAUGUUGGAUCCUUCGGACAAAGAUAAACGGAAAGCUGACUUUAUAAUGUUACUUAAGUUGUGUCUAUGGUCUAAUAAGUGUGAUCUAUCAUUGUCUAUGGGUGAGCAAGUGACGUUAGGUAACAAGGAUGUUGAUAAAAGUCCUUCUCAAACACUCAUUGAUCCUAUACAGAUGAUUGUAGAUUUAAAGGAUAAGGUGUUAGUGGACGAUUCAAAUAAAAUCAGUGACCAAGUUGUGUCAAAGGCUGAAAAUAUAGCUAAAGCUAUUGAGGCGAACACAACAUUCAAAGCUAAAUGCAGUUGUCAACGACUUGCCGGAGUUCCACCUGCACCGAAACAAGAGAAACAAGAAAAACAAGAAAAACAAGAAAAUAAAGAAGAAUCAGAAGAAGUUUCAGAAGAAAAUGCUAAAGAAGAAGCUCCUAUACCUUGCCCGGCUAAAGCGACUUUGCCUACUACUGUGAUGUUUGAUAUAGUAUGUGAUAACUCCGGUUAUGAACUGUUCACUGACUUGUGUCUCGCUGACUUUUUGAUAUCACAGAAUAUCGUUAAGAAGGUCAGAUUUCACGUAAAGAAGAUACCUUGGUUCGUGUCUGACGUCACUCCCAAGGAUUUUAAUUUCGUUAUAAACCAGUGUAGUGGGGCGAGCUUCAAUAAAGUUAUACAGUUACCGGCAGAUGGAGAUCAUGCUGAGGGUGAAUCCCCUACAAGGACAGUUUCUGACGAAGCUUUGAAGACCCUCGGGUCACGGUGGGCUCAGUAUGUGGAAAAUGGAACAUUUGUAGUUAUGUGUGACGAUUUCUGGACAUCACCCCACGUGUAUAAAGACAUGAAGAAAUACGAACCGAAUCUGUACCGGAAGUUACAAUUCGCGGCCGCCAUCUUGUUUAAAGGAGAUCUCAACUACCGGAAACUGUUGGGAGAAAGAAACUGUAACCCAUGUUUAGGAUUUGAUCCCGCCUUACAAGGUUUCAUCCCAGCUCCUAUAAUCGCUGUAAGGACAGUUAAAGCAGAUCUCAUCUGUGGCUUACCGAAGGGCAAGUGGGAACAACUCACUAAGAUCGAUGAUAGGUGGAUGGAAACUGGAAAUUAUGGUGUGAUUCAGUUCUGUGGUAAGGCGGAGGCUCUCAAAGUGUCUGACAAGCCUUGUGAACAAUACGGAGACACGUGCACUGACGACGCCUGCCUCGACAUGGAUAUAGUGUGA